AAUGGCUCUCAUAUUUGGCUAUCAUUUGGCUAUGAAACCACCAUUUCAAAAUUUGUGAUAAAUUCUGUCGAAGUUUUCUUUCGAAGUGACAACCUCAAACCCUUGUUCAUAUUUGUAUAUAAAUCAAACAAUAAAUAAAUAAAAAAGGGACAGAGUGAUAAAGUAAUAUUUGUUUUAAAAAUAUUUUUACGUAAAAUGUCGGACAUAUUUCACAGUAGCUGUUACACUUCGCGUACUUCUGGAUACAAGUACCGCACGCUGUCCACGAACACUGGGGACCGCAGGAGUCGAGACAGCCGGGAAGACAGCGCCUACGAGAGGAAGUUCAGAGAAUUACGCAAGGCAAUCCUUACCAGAGUCAACAAAGAAGUCAACCAGACACACAAAGCUAGACACACGAUUCUGGAUAAGUUUACGAAGCUGGAUGCUAAGAUUGAUUCGAUGCUGGAAUUACAGAACACGGUGGCUCUACUUAGGCAGGACUUGAUCGCAGCAGGCAAUUCCAUCAUGGACAUUUUGAGUAAAGUGGAUAGGAUAGAAGGUUACAACUCGCGGUCGGAAAUGAUGAGUUUCCAGUCACAGAUGACGAACCUGAGGGUCCAGGCGCCCAUCGUAGAAGAAAAAGAAGAACAAGACUCAAUAGUAACUCACAUUUAGUUCGCGAGUGUUAAUGACGUGUUACUUACAAUUAUAAUGCAUUUGUUGGAGUACA